CGAGACCUCGAGAUGUUUCAGUGGUGUCGCCAACAAGAGAUGUUGGCUCUACAGUCCCUGUAUCACAGGGUUCAAGAACCUGUUGCAAGGAAGCCAAAUGAACCACAGCAAGCUGGUGGUGAAUCUGAUCCCUCUUGCGGCAACCAACCACCAGCCUCCGACACUCGGAACACACACAAAAUUAGUCCAGGCAAGCUUCAUAUAACUUACGGGGCUUGGGAUAAGAAUCCAGCCGUGAAUGUUGGCUUAACAGGGAUUGGCGGCGUCCAGCAGAAUAUAAACAUAAACUUAUCAGGUAUUCUAGGGGACGCUGGAGUUACGCAGGCAGCACCACUACCACUUUCAUCACCUGCUACCUUCUCUCAGUCUCGUGGUGAGCCCCAGGUUCGAGGAAUCCUGAAGAAGCCCAGUAAGGAGUAAGUAUUUAGUGAUGUUUACAUCUACAUGUCCCGCACGUAUCUUCAUAUAUGGAUACAGUACAUUUACUAUCCGACACAUUGCAGUAGCUAAUAA